AUACACUACGCAGGCGCUAACACCUCCCCACACCACCUAUUUUUUUGUUUUCCAACUGCCCACCCGUUUCUAAGCGGCCACUGGGACACACCCCCUGGGGCCAAACGCGCAAGCGCUCCUCUUCUCAAAUCGGGGUCGGCAUCUUGGUACGCAUGUCUGAGCGGCGGCGGGAGACUACGGAGUUUACCGCCGGAAAUUCUGAAGCCUUUACCAUAGAGAACGGGCUCAGCUCGCUGGCUAGAGAGGCUCGCUUCCGCCCCGCUCGGCGGUGGGGGCGGCCAUCUUGGGAGCGUGCAGUCGAGGUCCUUGGCGGGAUUGGUUCUGCGUCGGGGCUCUUCCGUUGCCUCCCGCCCACCAGGGUUUCGUCUCAAACCUCUCCCUGCGUGGAAGAGGAGGAGGAGGGCCUGUGACGGCCGGCUCCUUUGCAGCAGAAGAAACUCAAUUCUGGAAAUAGCGACUCAGUACCAUGGCCAGCCGUCUUGAUGACGAUCCAGAAGGAAGUCGAAUCACUUACGUGAAAGGAGAUCUUUUCGCAUGUUCCAAAACAGACUCUCUAGCCCAUUGUAUCAGUGAGGAUUGUCGAAUGGGCGCUGGGAUAGCUGUUCUCUUCAAGAAGAAAUUUGGAGGGGUGCAGGAGCUGUUAAACCAGCAAAAGAAGUCUGGAGAAGUGGCUGUUCUGAAGAGAGAUGGACGAUAUAUUUAUUACUUGAUUACAAAGAAACGGGCUUCACACAAGCCAACGUAUGAGAACCUGCGGAAGAGCUUAGAGGCUAUGAAGUCCCAUUGUUUGAAGAAUGGAGUCACUGAUCUCUCCAUGCCCAGGAUUGGAUGUGGUCUGGAUCGUCUGCAGUGGGAGAAUGUGUCUGUGAUUAUUGAAGAGGUGUUUGAGGCAACAGACAUCAAAAUUACCGUGUACACACUCUGAACAGAUGAAGAUUUUGGAUGAGCCCAUGGUCUCUUGUGUUUUCUCUACUUGGCUGUAGGACUAAGCAACUGUAGGACCUUAAAAUGGGCAGAGGACAAUGUGUGAGGGAAUGUGUGUCCCAGGCCAGGUGUAGGCUUCUCUGUUCCAAGAAGACUGGAGGGCGCUGCGCCCCAGCAGUGUGGCCAGAGGGUGAGGCCUUUCACCAGGCCAAGUAGCCACUGUGCCUGUUUUGCUUGUCUGCUACUGGAUUUGUCUGGCUGGCCGCUAGGUGGCAGCGUUGAUUCUAUUUCUCUUGUUCUUAAAGAGCCUGUGGGAGAGGUAAACUGUCUUUGGCAUCCGUCUUUUGUGUUUGUGCACUUGGUGCUAGUCUGAUGUCAUGAAAUCAUCUUAGGAAUGGGUUAUAGUUGUUUUGUUGUAGUUACACAUGUAGGUCUCCACUGUCGUCAGGGAGUUGGUGGGGACCGGAGUGGGACAAUAAACCUUUCUCUUGGGUUCACUGAA